AUGGCCGCCAUUCAGGAACACGAAGCCGGGGUCUUGGGAGUGAUACGUCUAGAGCCCAUUGGAAUCAAGCUGGGCGCGACAGGGAUUUCCAGUGCGUACGACGAUCAGUACCCCCCGGAGCUGGAUGGCUGGAUGACCACCGAGGAGUGGUUCGAGUGUAUCGGGAGAAUAAACAGGGCGUUGAUGGAUCGAUUCCCGUGCGGGUUGUGUCGCCUCCAGGCGUACUGCUUCUGUCCCUGCACCUUGGGCCUCUCUCUGCUGAGCAUGAGGAAGGAGGCCAAGGAAAUUGAGCGAGGGGUUGGGGAGGUGGUCAAGACCGUAAACCAGAACCUCGAGGCGAGGAGAAGGUCCGUCCGCUUCGGCUUCCACCGCACCUUCUGCUCGGCGUGGGUGCAGGUGGAGUACGGGUCAAAGGUGGGGGCUCCGCCACCACCCCUAUUGCCAGCAGCAGCUGGCGACGCAGCACGGGGCUCGUCGCUGGCGGGGUCACCAACUGCUGGCGGGAGUUCGGGCGCCACAGGCCCUAGCCGCGAGCGAGAGCAACCGUACAGCGCUGACGAAGGGGGAGGAGGCCGAAAAGCUGCUCCAACGACGGUGGCGGCGACGACUAGCGGGGCGAUGCAGCCGCUCGGAGAGGCGCUGCUGGAGCCAGGGAACGCGGCGGAAGAGGCACGCGGGUAUUAG